UUAUUAGACUUGGUGCGACCACAGCAAUCGAAUGUGGUAACACUAUCAGACUUGAAGAAAUGCUCAAUGUGCACUAAAUUCUUCAAUACGUUUGUUAAUUGGGUGAAAUAUUAUGAACAAGAAUCCAGUGAGGGUGAACGGGCCACUGUGACCGAUGGUGAAGAGGAGUUGAGUGAUUGGGAUCGAUACUGUCUUGAGGAAUAUGAAGCUUUGAUGGCCGAUGAUCAAGAAAAUGAGGAACCCGAAGAUAUGUACGUUAUUCAUUCUCCGUUUACGAUGUAA